AUGUCCGGGAUUAACAACGUCGCCAUUCUUUACCCCAAGCCAGAGAAAUUCGAAGAGGUUGCCGCGCUCGUCACCGGUGUCGUCAAGAAAGUUCAAGAACACGAGCCGGACACCCUGGUCUACUACGCGGUCAAAGUCCAAGACAAGAACGAGAUUGUCAUUGUCGAGAGAUACAAGGACCAAGCUGCUAUCGCGACGCAUGUGAAGAGCGCCUACUUCCGCGAAUUCGCCUCCAAACUACCCAGCUUGCUGACGAAGCCUGCAGAGAUGCGGGCGGGGGCAUUCUUGAAUGGCGAGCGGGGCGUGUCGCGGCUGUGA